AUGGAACACGCCACCGAAGUAAAAACUGACGACAUAAAGAGAGUCGAUUUAGAUGAUGUUCUGCGUGAUGAGUUGGGUCAAUUUGGACCCUUUCAGCUUCGAUACUUAAUGUUGGUAUCGAUACCUAUAAUUAUGUCCGCCUUCAUGAGUGAAUAUGUUUUUUCAGCUGCUGCUAUUCCUCAUAGAUGUCGUGUCCCUGAAUGUGGUGAAGAUUCAAGAUUAGUCCAAUUUGACCCCGAUUGGCUAACGAAUGCUAUGCCCGAGAGUUCGUCCGCUUCCAGCUGCGUUCGUUACCGGCCAAGAAAUAUCGAUGUUAACGUCACUUUGGAUUACUGUCCCGCGGACCUCUUCGACUCGUCAGUCACUGUUGAAUGUGAUAGUUACGUCUAUGCACGGGACAACUCUAUCGUCUACGAUUUUGACCUCGGUUGUCAGGAGUUCUUGCGAGUAUUGCCGGGGACUCUUAGCAGUGUGGGAACUCUGCUUGUUCUACCUGUUAUAGGCUACAUCUCAGACAAAUUCGGGCGGAGAGUGGCUUUGAUUAGCAGUGUGUUCAACUUAGCAUUAAUCGGGCUUAUAAGAGCUUUUUCAGUAAACUACAUUAUGUACGUGGCUCUUCAAAUUCUACAAACUACACUUGGAGCUGGUACCUUCAGUUCAGCGUAUGUUUUCGCUGCUGAACUGGUGGGUCCCAAAUGGAGAGUGGUGGCAAGCGCAACUGCUUCUGCUAUGUUUUCGGUUGGACAAGCAAUUCUCGGCGGAGUCGCCUGGGGGAUUCAGCCUUGGCGCUACAUGAUAAUGGCCCUUCACAUUCCAUGUUUUCUUAUCAUAUCCUACUACUGGAUAUUGUCGGAGAGUAUCAGGUGGCUACUGUCAAAGCAAAAGUUCGAAAAAGCUAAGGCAGCACUGGAAAAUAUUGCAAGGGUUAAUAAGACACAUAUCAGCGAGAAGUCCAUGCGGGGACUUUUGCUGCCGCCUGUUGUGACUGCAGAGUCAACCAAGGAAAAUGAAGAUAACCUCUUCAACAAAAUAUUAAAAUCUAAGAUUUUAUUACGCCGAGUGUGCACCACCCCCGUUUGGUGGAUCACCACAACCUUCGUCUACUACGGUCUCUCUAUCAACUCCACCAGUCUCUCUGACACGAUCUAUCUGAACUACAUAUUGACCGUUGCCAUCGAGAUUCCUGGAUUCUACACGGCUGUUUUCAUUUUGGACAGGAUUGGACGGAAACCCACCCUGUCCGCUGGGUUCUUCUUCAGCGCCGCUUGUAAUAUAGCUUUUGUGUUUAUUCCCUCAGAUCUAAGCGUGGUCCGUCUGGUUGUGUACCUCGCGGGUAAAUUCGGUAUCUCGCUGGUGUUCACGUCUCUGUACCUCUACACAUCAGAGCUGUACCCCACAGAAUUUCGACACACGUUACUGGCCUUCUCCUCGAUGAUUGGCAGAAUUGGGUCAAUCACAGCACCACUCACACCAGUACUUAUGGACUAUUGGCACGGCAUUCCGUCAAUGUUGUUCGGUGGCAUGGCUAUACUAUCUGGUCUACUGGUUCUCACUCAGCCCGAAACAUUGGGCACCAAAAUGCCUGAUACUCUUGCUGAUGCAGAGGCCAUUGGAAGGGACAAGUAA